AACUAAUUAGUUUUACUAACUUUAAUGGAGAAAUUCUAGCAUCAGCAAAUUUGAGUUUUUGUUCAAUAUUUUGUGGCAUAUUUUGUGGCGUGUUCGGACUGUCUCUCUUCCAGAGGUAUAGGGUAUUAAACAAGGAUUUAAAAAGAAGAAUAGUUUGUCUGCCAAAUUUACUUUCCACUCGUCAGUUGGAAGAAUGAAGGAGGAAGAGGAAGAAGAGGACUUUGUGUGUGGGACGUUCACCUGGAGAAUCAACAACUUCUCCAAGCUGAACAACCUAGUGCAUUAUUCUGAUGUUUUCGUCAUUUGUGGUUAUAAAUGGCGGAUCAUUAUGUAUCCUAAGGGGAGCAACGUAGAUUACUUGUCCCUGUUUUUGGAUGUUGCAGAUGCUUCAACAUUGCCAUUUGGGUGGACCAGAUAUGCCAAGUUCAGCCUCACCGUGGUUAAUCAACUUGAUAGCAAGAAGUCAAUCACAAGGGAUUUAUUAGAACAUGAGUUUGUGGCAAAUGAUAGUAACAGGGGCAUUAGAUCAUUCAUUCUUCUAAGUGAGCUUCGUGAUCAUGAUAAAGGGUAUCUUAUCAAUGAUUUGUGUGUUGUUGAAGUCAAAGUUUCAGUUCGUAAUGGUAUUAAGAUUUUAGAAGACCAAGAAACUGGGGAGCUUAUCGAUUUCAGGGGCUUAGGACGAGUAGAGAAAACUUUUGUUCCAUUUCUAGCGGAAGUUUGUUCGUCGUAUCCUUCCUUGCUCAAGUGCCAUAAGAAGAGAAGUCGUCCGUUUAUUCAAUGUGCAUUCACAGCUUUGGGCCGACUCUUGUGUUUUCUGAAGACUACAAAGGCCAAGGAUAUGACCCGUGAUGCUUGUAAACGCCUUCAACUGUUAUGGGAGGAGCUUGAGACCUUCAAAUUUGACUUGGUUUGGCUGGAGCCUCAUGUUCAGUCGGUUUUGGUCAUGAAGAAAAGGGCAGGAAGAGUUGAUAGACUGAGAGAAGAUGUGGAAAUUCUGGAGAAUGAAAUAAAGAGGCAAAGGGAUGUCCUCGCUGCUGCAGAAGUUGAUCUUGAGGCAGCGAAAAGAGACUUGGCAAAGGCAGAAGCAGAGUUCAAGAAGAUAGAUAUGGAUGCUGUGCUAGGCUAUCCAUUAACUUAAUUUACUGUACAAGUUUCUCUUGGGUGCAUAUUUUUGUCUAUUUGACGAAGAUAUCCAGUGUUCAUAAUAGGGUUAAUUACACUUUAGUAUCAUGUGGUUACACCUUUAAAACAUGUUAAUUCUUAUUUUCUCAAUUUUUAU